AUGUCAGAAUCCGACCUACAAACGGCGCAACCAGCGCAGCUCUCACCACCACCACCACCGCGCGGGCCCGCAAACAGCAUGCCCGGCGGGACGGCGCACACAGCGGGCGGCGAGAAGCUCGACGGCGCGGGGCCGUCGUACAUGGACGCGGUGCGGUCGCUGGGGCCCGAGUACUACAUGAACUUCCACAAGCGGCCGUGCGUGCGCGACUCGCAGCUGCAGGGGCUGGCGGCGGGGUUUGCGGGGGGUGCUGUCGCGGGGAUAAUAGGGAGACCCGUGCUGACGGCGUCCAACUGGGCCGUGGCGACGUGGUGCGGCGUGUCCGUCGUCUCGUACCAGGUGUGCCAGUACUACCGGUCCAAGGAGAAGGCCGGGAUCAAGCAGGCGCAGGAGCUGAUGACGCAGAAGCGGGCCAACAUCGAGGCCAAGAAGGAGGCGCGGCGGCGGCAAAAGGAGGAGUACGAGCGGCAGCAGGCGGAGCGGCAGAGGGAGGAGGAGCGGCGGAAGAGCUGGGGGUAUUGGUAUGAGAAGAACGUCAAGUUCUGGUGA